CAGGUGCGCGCGUUCUAACAUACAAAGAGGAAACAUGAGCGACACUAUUCCGGAGAAAGUGUUAGCCUAUGAAUCCUUUCUAAACGAAACACUAAGAGAGGAUUUGAGAAAACUGUUGGAGCAGCAGGAUAAACUGUAUGGGCAGAUUGCAGAAUAUUUACAGUUGAAGACAGUUAUAGAAAGAAUUAAGGAUGCAGAUUAUACCAAAGAUGAACUAAAGACAAAAGUUGAUAUUGGGUGUAACUUUUACGUACAAGCAAAUGUACCAGAUGCCUCAAGGAUAUAUGUCAGUGUGGGCUUUGGGUUUUUCGUGGAGUUUAAGAUGGAAGAAGCCCUCAGAUUUAUUGGUAAAAAGACAGCCAGGUUGAAUGAACAAGUUGAGAAGACCAGCAAAGAUGUUGCCAAAGUGAAAGCUCACAUCAAACUUGUCAUGGAAGGACUCCGGGAAAUGCAGGGAAUUAGUGCAAACUCUAAAAAGCCAUUCCGGGAUAUCUUAAGCUGACCCAUCUUAUCAGCUUUGUGAUGGAACACAAACUUGCAGCCCUAUUGGGAUGAACAGUGUUGAAUUUAUUGUUUUAGUUCAACUUUGUUUUAACAGAACUGUUUCGAUUUCUGUAUCUAUACCGAAUGUCGCUGUUAAGGAAAUGGUAUCAUGACAUAAAAGUGCUUCGCAGAGAGAAGGUGAUGAUUACUUAUUGAAUGGGCAAUUUAAAUAAUGUCUUGAUUCAAUGGAACUGUGUCACAUGCAUAUUACCAGGAACAGUGUUUGAACAUUAUCCAGACUACAUCAUCGACACAGUUGGAUGGUAAUUGGUUGAAAAUUGACUGUUUGGUUUCAAAGAAAGUUUGAGCUCACAUGCAUAUGAAAUGAAGGUAGCAGGGCAAACCUUGGUGAGCCAGAGA